CCGUCCCCCCCCCCCCCCCGGCGUCCCCACCCUUUCCUGCCGCCUGAGUCACCGCUGCCGCCUUCCGGGUGCUCCGUGGCUGUUGGGGCGUCCGUCUGUCCUGCCGCAGCCCGCUGCCAUCGGCCUGAGCCAGGGGCCAGCCGGCUGCGCCUAGGGAUCUCCGCCUGUCUGUCUGUCUGUCCGUCCGUCCGUGCGAUCCGCCCCUCCCUCCCGUCACCACCUCCCCACCGCCAUGUACACCGCGCUCCCCAAAAGCGGUUCCCCCUUUGGCCCCUCCGCCACCCGCCCGGGGCUGCACAUCUGGCGGGUGGAGAAGCUGCGGCCGGUGGAGGUCCCUGAGGCGACGCGGGGUGUCUUCUUCUCGGGGGAUGCCUACCUGGUGCUGCACAACGGGCCGGAGGAGCGAGCCCACCUCCACCUCUGGAUGGGCCGGGACUCCUCGCGGGACGAGCAGGGCGCCUGCGCCCUCCUCUCCACCCAGCUGAACGCGCUGCUGGGCGAGCGCCCCGUCACCCACCGCGAGGUGCAGGGCAACGAGUCCGACGUCUUCAUGGAGUACUUCCCCCGUGGCGUCACCUACCAGGAGGGUGGCGUGGACUCGGCGUUCAAGCCCACCCGCCCCAGCGCCGGCCCCGCGCGCAAACUCUACCAGGUGAAGGGCAAGAAAAACAUCCGGGCGAGCGAGCGGGAGCUGAGCUGGGCCAGCUUCAACACCGGCGACUGCUUCAUCCUUGACCUGGGCGAGACCCUCUUCAUCUGGUGUGGGGCCAAGUGCAACGUGCUGGAGCGCAGCAGGGCCCAGGAGCUGGCCGCAGCCAUCCGGGACGGCGAGAGGGGCGGCAAGGCUCGCCUGGAGAUCGUGGUGGACGGCGAGGAGCCACCUGAGAUGCUCCAGGUGCUGGGCCCCAAGCCUGCCUUGCAGGAGGGCAGCCCCGAGGACGAUGCCGUGGCCGACCAGAGAAACACGGGGGCAGCUGUCCUCUACAAGGUGUCGGAUGCAACAGGGCGCAUGGACCUGAGCCAGGUGGCCGCGAGCAGCCCCUUCAGCCAGAGCCUGCUCUGCACCGACGACUGCUUCGUGCUGGACAACGGCGCUGGCGGGAAGGUCUACAUCUGGAAAGGGCGCAAGGCCAAUGAGCAGGAGCGCCAGGCAGCCCUGAAAGUGGCCGAGGAGGUCAUCGCCCGCAUGGGCUACUCGCCCCGGACACAGGUGGAAAUCCUGCCCCAGGGUCACGAGACGCCUCUCUUCAAGCAGUUCUUCACCAGCUGGAAGUGAGGGAGUGGGUGCCCACGGGGCCAGCGCCUGCACUGGGGUGUCACCAGGCUUGUGCCAGCUGUGCCACCUCCCUGCUGACUCCUGCGCCCCGCUCAGCUGUCCCCAAGCCUGUGCCAUCCCCAUUGUGUCACCCCUGUGCCUUUGCCCACCUCACUCCCAUGUCCUUCCCAUCUCUGUGCCAGCCCCCAAGCCCAUGCCAACCCCAUGACACCCCUGUGGCUUUGCCCACACUGUGCCUGUGCCAUCCCCAUCCCUGCACCAUCCCCAUCCCCGUGCCAUCCCCAUCCCCACCCCUGCACCAUCCC